AUGAAUUCAGAGAAGCCAGUCAGCCCUGAGAAUUUAAGUGAUGAAAAUGAUCAAGAAGAAGCACAAGAUGACACUGGUGGAACUAAACGCUCUUAUGAGUGCACAUUCUGCAAAAGAGGUUUCACAAACGCUCAAGCUUUGGGGGGUCAUAUGAAUAUCCAUAGGAAAGACAGGGCCAAGGCCAAGCAAUUCACACUUGACGCUUCACCUUCAAUUAACAAAUUCAACGGUCAUCAAUCCAUAGUCUUUCCUUUUGUCUCAGAAGCUUUGAACCAACAACACGCAAGGCCUAAUUACUCCGUUUUGGAGUCUCAGAGGAACUGUGACAAACACUUUCGUCCGCCACCACCUGCAAGUGCCUUUUAUUAUGAGUUUUAUGAGCCAAGGUCACGGUCUUUGAGUUUGAACCAAGAGCUUCGUGGUGCCAACCUCAGUCUCCAAAUUGGUCCAAGUCAUCAUGUGGGUGAUGAUAUUCAUCAAGCGAGAGGAAACCAGAAAGAUAGUGAAGUGGACUUGGAGCUAAGACUUGGCCAUCAUCCAUACUGA